AUGUUGAGCUCUAUGUAUUUUCUUUGGGAUACUGAAUAUCCCUUAUAUGUCUAUGUCUGCAUCUUCAUCAUUAUCCUAAUUAUCUGGCAAGUGCAACAGAAUUACCAUGGAUUGAAGUUCGAACAUAAAAGGAGCUGCUGCCAGCGCCAUCAAAAAGUCAGGCAAAGGGCUAGAGAUGCAGCAUCAAGAGCUAGGAGACUCUGCCGAGAAGAAGCUGAGAAGCCGAGGGAGCUGCUCUCUAUCAUGAAAAGCCAAAGCUGGCUCCCCAAGAAGGAAAGUGUACGGCAGCUCCUGUGUAUAGAUCCCUGUUGUCAAAUCUGUAAUACUGCAGCUUUGGAGAUUCAGCAAUUGCUGGAGAGUGAGAAAAGUCAGAUCUCCUCUGCUUUACUGGGACUGUCACAGGGCUCUUCUUGCCUGGAGAUGUUGUCCACAUCAAGUGCAUCUUUUGAGCAGAAUAUGGAGCUUUAUUCCAGGCACCCCACAGACUUUUCAGUGGUACCUGUCACCGCAACCCUACCACAACCAACAGGACACUUGACACAGUCGACCAACGCAGUCAAUGUCCAAGAACACUGGGAUGAUCACCUCCAGUUAGGACCAGAACUGUCAGACAUACCUGUGGUCUCAGAGACUAUGGUCUCUUCUAGGCCUGAGGAGCCUGCGGUUUUAGUGAAUGAGGAGAUAAUACACAGCAACCUAAACUUUGUCCAGGAGGACCGAAAUCAGCAGUCCUUGAACUCACAGGUCCCUUUUCAAACCCUGAACCCAGAAAGCAGUCACUUCACACAUCCCAUGACUCUGUCUAUUGUCAGCACUUCCCACCAGCCAUUCCUCAGUCCUGAAGUUUUAAGGUUUCUUGAACUACAUGUGAAAAAAUGGUUGCAUUUCCAGAGGUGGGGGCUCCCUAGACGUGUAGAGGAGUCCAUAAGGCAAUUUAUGCCAAACCCACCAAUGUAUUGCCAGCCUGAAGAUAACCAGCCAAUUUCUCUUACCCUGAAUAAUACUUCUCAAGACCAUGUGCAUAGGUUUGGGCACUCAUAUAUGGACAGCCAACUAACCCAAACUUUUUGGGUUUCUGAAUGGCCUCUUAUACAUCCAGACCAAAGAAUACACUGCAAACAAAUCCCAAGCCUAAUGGGACCAUCCUUGAUCAAUCAUAAAGUCCUAAAUGGCCUCUCUUCACUGUUUGAGAGACAAACUAGUGACUCAGAAAAUAAUUUUCAGAAGAAAUUCACCCAGUUAUUCUGUGGUCUUCCUUCUCUGCACAGUGAGUCUCUGGAUGCCACUUCCCAGGGCUCUCAAGGUCUCUCCAAGAACAAGAACAUGUCCAAGGCCACCUCGAAGGAUCCCCAUCUCUUAAAGGAGCUGUCACGCCUCCCCUUGCUACCCCACACUCCACAUAAAGCAGCUCCACCCUCAUCCUCAACUUCUCCAAAUGGUGAGUCUCUGUAUGAACAUCAAGGAACUCAGAUCAGUGUCCCAUUUCUGACUCCAGCUGAGCGUAAAGCCUUGGAAUGGCACAUCCUACAAAGGCAGCCUCAGCUUCAGUGGGGCUUGCCAGAUGUCAUCUCAGGAUCUCACCAUGUGCAAAGCCACAUGUACUCUGAGACAUGUCAAAAAGCCCAGUCACCUAAGCCUGUCAAAGCCUCCUGGCCAGGGAGGUCCUUCUCAGUUCCGACCAAAAACCUUGUCUUCUUCCCAGAGCACACACGCAGGCUGCUGGAAUGCCACCUCCAGAAGCAGUUGAUGCACCUUCGCUGGGGCCUGCCCCAGAAGAUCCAACGAUCUAUUCAGUUGUUCCUUUCCUCUACUGACCAGCAGCCCCUGCCCUGCAACAACAGAGCCCUACCCAAUAUGAGCAUCUCACAGCCAGAGGGCCUAAAGGCUAACGGGUUCUCACCCAUAGUAGGCAAAGGAUCAAUCGCAAAGCCACACUUGUUUUCCCAGGCCAAGUCAAUAUUGAAGAGCCAUAUUGACUCCAAGUGUGGACAGAUCCGCCAGGUCAAGGUCCCAGACUGUGUCCAGAGAUCCUGGGAAUGCAGAAUUCCAGGGAGUCCCGUCCCAUAUAUUCCACCAGACAAACCCCUGGAGCUGCAGAAAGAAAGUAACCCCAAUCUGCAUCACAAAGUUAUCCCAGGGAUACCAAAGGCCCUGGACCAGGAGAAGCAGGCCCUCCCAGGUGCUGUCAUUGAACACUGCAAGCAGCCCAAAUCUUUGUCUGAGGAAACCAUUAAGAAACUGGAGACAAUUUUACAGCACAAGUAUCUGGCCUUCCUGUCAGGCCUGUCUGCUUUUGACUGUGUGGUUCCCUCUAGGGUCAUGUCCCCAGAAGUUCCUAUCCAGUCUGAAAUCACAGAGACUAUGCCUGGACCUAUCAACAGCCCCCAGGAACCUCUGACUCAGACCUCACUAAACAGACUUAGGCCACACAUUCAGGAUGACAAAAAGACUUCUGAGGACACUGUAAAAGAGUUCCCGCCUGAAAGAAAGGUGGAAGGAGUGACGGAGAAGACGCCCCUGAAGAGCCAGGUGCUUUCCGCCAGCCCCUACUCAAACACAUAUAUCUUGGCCAAACUGAAUUUCCACCUGAAAAAAAAGGUCCUAGAGAUAAAGUUUGGAAUUCCCAUGAAGUCAAGGAAGUUCAAAAAGGCAACUGCAGCAGACCCAGAGAAUAAAUUCAAGCAGGAGUCUCCUGGGAAUCUGAACAAUCAGGGAAGCACAGUGCUACAGAAACUGCCCAUCUCACAGGUCUCUCCUGCCCAAGAUGCGAAGUGGGUUCACCUUAAAAAGCAUCUGGCAACUGAAGGGCAGGCUGUGCACCACAACCCAAAGCAAGCUUGUUCCAAAUCAGCCCCCCAUGGCUCUUCCCAGAGGGGCUCCAUGAUCCCACAAUUCAGCAAGGAUUUGACAGAGGCCCAAGUGCUUUGUGUUCAGGUGGAGACCAGUGGGGAAAGCCCCAGCCUAGAGGAACCCUUCAGCACUGGGGCCCAAAGCCCAGACAAUAGCAAGUGCUUAAGCCAUGUCCCCACACUAAUAGAAAAGAGAGAAGUCCCGAGAAAACCCAAGGCAGCAGGAAACCUUGGAGAAGGGGAUGCAGGUCUUGGGCUUUCCCCAACAAAUGGAAAAAGGCACCAUAUUGGAGAUCAGAGUCCAGAAAGGAAGUCUCUGGACAGGCCACUCCAAGGCUCCUGGAAACAGAGGCCUAGCUUUCAUCUUGUGGAUCCCUGUCUACACAGCCCCUAUCAUCCUCCUCAGCUUAAGUUCCCAUCUCUACCUCUAGGAGGCCCUGGGGGGAAAGAAUCUGAGUGUGACACACAAGACAGUGAAGCCAAGGUAAAUGUCAUCCUCAGACCUGCAAGGAUUCCUGAGAUCACCCAGCCUAUGGUCUCCCAGGCUUCCCAGGACCAUCCUUUAUUGGGCCCACCAAAUCAGGGUAGGUUUUUGUGGGGUCAGACUUUUCGAGAUCAAGUUUUACAGGCGCCAGUGAUGCCAACUUCUCACAAAUCCAGUCUUCCAGAGUCUGGCUUGAGAAAUAAGAUGAAAUCCUUUCUUCACUCUAUUAACCCAAAAAUGAAAGGUAAAAGAUACAUGGAAUACAAGAUUUCCACAGCAGGAAAUGUAGUCAAAACGAAUAAAAAUGUUGAAAAGGGUCUGGCUCAAGCCAAAAGCCUCACCGAGAAAACUAAGACAGAGCCCUCAAGAGGGCCCAAGCCCCAGCAGUUUGCGCCCUCUAAGAAUGCAGUGGGCACAGCCGUCUUACCCUGUCCAACAAGACAAGACAACAAGCUCUGGCUACAGUGUCGACAGCAGGGCUCUGCUUCAGCACCAGGUUAUACCCACCAUUGCCCUCUGCACUGUCCCCGAUUGGCUUAA